CCACAACGCAGCUAUACUGCACCAGCUGCAUCAAUUUGCAUUCGUCUAAUUUCACACCAGGUUUUCGUAAUGCGUUCCUCUCAUUGAAUUGGACCUGUUUCUCAAGUUCACUAACGGGGAACGACUGGAGCGGUGGACCGAUCUCGUGGUAGACAGGCUGCCCAAGCGCCGCCAUUUAUAAAAACACGACAGAGAGCGAAGAGCCCGGUCGAGGCGGCAGGCCGGCGGGUUCGAUUAAGAUUCCCUUUAAAGGAGGAGAUUUGAUGGUGCGAGAUGAAAGAUGUGCGCUGCCGACUUGGGGAGGAGGUUGUUGAAUGAAUGCGUCGAGACGAGGUUGGACAAGGUUCUCAGGACGCUGCGAUCAAUUUCUGGACAAGAGAUACAUCAAGAUGAAACUUUGUCGACAUUGGAUCGUCUCCUGUCUGUCAACUAUCCUCUGCACCGUGGCCAGCAGCCUCGUUACCCUGCGCUCGAGAUAAGUGCGGAGGACACGGGUGCUGGGAGAUCCCAACUGGUGUACUACAUCAUUUCCAAAGCCAUAUUACCAGACAGCCAUGGCUCAAGCGAUCUUAAAGGCAAGAAGGGUACGGUGAUCCUCUUUGAUGCGGAUGCUCGCUUUGACGUGGAGAGGCUUGUCCAAAUCAUGCACAGCUACAUGAAACAUGUAUCGGCGACAGGAAGUUCUGGUACAGAUGCUCAAGAAGUCGUGGAGCAGAGUCUGCAGCAUCUGCAUGUGUUUCAACCACGAAGUAUGGCGUCACUGCUCGACGGUCUAAACGGUUUACUGGGCUAUUUGUACGAUUUCUCAGUCCACCAUUCUUCUGAACGACCUGUUCAUAGCAUUGUCAUCGAUAGUGCAAGCGCGUUCUACUGGGAGACUCUUGCCAAUCUCGAGAACGAGCGCGUCGCUGCACUCAAUGCGAAGGCGUCUGGCGUAUCAACUGCAGCAAAGUCACCGUCACAGCCGAAUCCAUAUGCACUGCUGGUGAAUCGACUCCGUUCGAUUCAACAGACACUGAGUUGCGCGAUUAUUGCGACCACGACGGCAUCUGCGUUCAAGGAGUCUGCAUCUGGAGAGCAGAUUCUCCGAACGCUUCCCACGCCAUGGCCGAGCUUCCCGACUGCAAAACUGUUGCUGAAAAGAGACCGAGUUGAAAAAUUUGGUCUGGGAAUGUCUUGGGAGGAUGCGGAGAAAGAAAAGUCGCUGAGGCAAACUGCUGUCGAGCUUGGCUACUUUUCCGCAAAGGUGGUUGGGAGUAACGAAUACUUUCGCUUCACGGUGACGAGAGAUGGCGUGCAAAUCCUGAACAAUGAAUAGAUUGCACCAAGUAUGAAUCAAUGAGGGCUAUAUUUGCAGUCUGCAAAGUCAACAUCGUUUUGAACGAUUCAUGCCGGUCUGUUCUACAGCAAUGAGCUUGUAGUAUUCCAUCAUGUGGCCUGUCAAACUCUCCUAGCAUGCCUCUUAGACUCUAGGCCCGCUUCUUCCAACUAAUAGCGUCCGUAUUUCGCCCUGGGUUUCAGGGCACAUUGGACUGCUCGGCCUUUAAAUUCGGCACAGCAUAGUCCCGUACGCCUGAUAUCACAAUCGGUCAGGUGGCGUGCAGUCUUUGUGCUUUAGCUUUGAACUGAGAGCAUAUACUUCCUCCUCUCAACCUUCUA